AUGGGCGGAAUCAGGACAGCUCAGAUCCCGGCACCCCCGACGCUCGACGUCAAAGCACUCCCAGAAUUCGGAGCCCAGGUCUAUGGCUAUGACCCUACAGCGCCUUUUGACCCUGCGGCAUUUGCAGAACUCGAGGAACUGCUCUACAAACACAGUCUGCUCGUCAUUCGCGGUGUAGACUUGACGCCCAAACAGCAGUACAAACUGACCAAGGCAUUCGAUGCUACUGCCGAGGGCUCAUACGGCCACGGCAACAACAAGACGGGAUCAGAGAAGAAAUCCGUUCUGCAUCCCGAUCUCAAAACGGUCCCCUCUCAGCCUCAAGUGCAGCUGAUUGGUAAUGGCGUCCCCACUGAUCCUCGCAUCACCCAAGGCCUCGACAAGCCACAGCUUCGCCAUCCUCACCACAAGACGUUCCACAAAGAAGUCGUCUCGCCCGAGGAAGAAGCCCAAGGGAUCACUCGGUUCUAUCGGUGGCACAUAGACGCUGCUCUCUACGACCUCCUCCCACCCAAGGUCACGACACUCUACGCACUCAGCGUUCCUGCCGGUGAGGAGCAGACCUGCCGAUACGAUGACGGAACGGGCGAUGAGCUCAAAGUUCCCCUGGGCACCACUGCAUUCGUCUCCGGCACAAAGAUGUUCGACAUCCUCCCACCCGAUCUCAAAUCGCUCGCCGUACGUGCCAAAGUACGCUAUGCACCUCAUCCCUAUGUCUGGAUGGCGCCCGCAAAGAGCAAUUCCACCGGUCUCGGGAUCGUCUCUGACGGCAAGGAGCUAUCCAAAGAUGACUUGCCCGCAUGGGAGUCGAGCAAGAUCAAAGAGUUUCCCAUGACUUGGAAGAAUCCAAAGACGGGCAAGCUGCACUACCAAGUCCACCCGAGCGGUGCAGAAGCCAUCAUCGUUGCACCUCUGCCCGCCGGUGUUGACCCAUCAGGGCAGAUCCUGCCCGAAGGCGGUAUCAUCAGCGAUCUCAAAGAGACACGCGAACUGCUGUUCAAGAUGCAACGACCGGGCAUCGCCCCCGAGCUCGUCUACCCGCACGAUUGGAAGAAAGACGACCUCUGCAUCUUCCACAACCGUGGUGUCCUCCACUCUGUCGUCGGCGCUUUCGAACCGGAUCAAGUUCGUGCUUUCUGGCAGUGCAACUUGGCUUCUGGCGAAGAACCGCUGCCGCCCACUGCAGACGACGUCAAAACCUACUCUUCAUUCGCCUAA